GAAACUUUGAAUCUUUGACGACUGUCGGUCGUUGGCCAUCCGUCUCGUUUUGUGCUCGUCAGUCCCGAAAUUUUCCCCUUCUUGUGGUCUCGGUAUGUGUUGAACUGGUUCCGUUUGAUGUUUGUCUGAUGAUCUUCCUGGGUGAGCAUUCUAAGUGCGAUUUCGCCUCCGUUGUAGCAGGCGACGAUGUGUGAUGACUUCAGCUACUUCGGACACUGAUUUGGUUUCUCCUGGAAGUAUCAUAAAGGACAGAUGGCGCGUUGUAAAAAAGAUCGGGGGUGGUGGAUUCGGCGAAAUUUACGAGGCUCAGGAAAUGAAUUGCCAAGAAAAGGUUGCAUUAAAACUGGAAUCAGCCAGACAACCGAAGCAAGUUUUGAAGAUGGAAGUCGCGGUCUUACGCAAACUACAAGGCAAGGAUCACGUAUGUAAAUUCCUUGGCUGCGGUCGAAAUGAACGCUACAGCUACGUUGUGAUGACACUACAAGGACGAAACCUGGCUGAUCUUCGGCGAAGUAUGCCCCGAGGACUUUUCAGCAUUUCAACCACGAUGAGACUAAGUUUGCAAAUUCUCGAAGCAAUCGAAACGAUUCAUGAAGCCGGUUUCUUGCAUAGGGACAUCAAGCCCUCCAAUUUUGCUGUGGGGCGGCUACCAACCAAUUCCCGCACCAUCUACAUGCUGGAUUUUGGUCUUGCUCGACAAUAUACCACGCCUAAAGGCGAGGUACGACCUCCACGCCCGGUCGCGGGAUUCCGCGGAACUGUCCGUUAUGCUUCACGUAAUGCGCACAUGAAUCGUGAAAUGGGACGUCACGAUGACCUGUGGUCGAUGUUCUAUAUGCUUGUCGAAUUCGCUUCUGGCCAGUUACCUUGGCGACGUAUCAAAGACAAGGAACAGGUUGGUCAGAUAAAGAACAGCUUCAACCACAUGACAUUGACACGAUGUUUACCGAGCGAAUUUCGGACGUUUCUCGAACACAUUGAAGGAUGCACUUAUGCAGACCGACCGGACUACGCCAUGUUGCGAGGUUUGAUUAAGCAAGCGAUGGUUCGUCGUGAUGUGCAAGAAUCAGAUGCAUUCGACUGGGAGCAGCUGCCUGCCACCAAUGAAGGUCAACCUGUGAAUUCCGUACAGGCUCCAACAACUCCUGCUCCGCCAAUGACCAAUGGUGUCGCUGGAACUGGUGGUACCGCGGUCGCUCAGCUAGCAAGUCGGCAAGCAGCUGCUGGGAACGUGGCUUCCGGCACUGGUGGUGGUCCUCAGCAUACUGGCUAUGGAGAGAAACAUGCCCAUGGUGCUCACCAGCAAGGCACUCCGUGUCACCGCCAACAUCAUACUCACCAUCAUCACCACCACCAUCGAUCGAGCAAUCAAGUUCAAAGAGGCGUCGAUACACUGGGGCUGGGGACGGCCAUAAGUGUUGGGGGGACAUCAGCACACCAUCUAGCCAGCACGGUUAACGAAUCGAUCCAUGGUGGUAUGUCUCCGGGUCUCGGUGCUGGUCGGACUCUGUCCACAGAACUUCUCGGCGGUCCCGACAACGUGGUAUUAAAGAUGAAAAACGGAUCACCUUUGCCUCCCCCACCGACCCCUGGAGCGGUUGGCGAGCUAGGAGGCACGGAACUUGGAAAAAUGGUCACUGCUGCGGUUGACGAAUGUUUGGAUCAUGCUGUGAAAGGUGGUCAUGAUAGAGACAUCCUUAACGAUUCACCCCUCCCCGUCGCAGCCAAUGCUAAUAUGCAGUCCGCUAUUAUUGGUAGUAACGUGGGCUUUUCAUCUACUGGACAUAAUGUGGAAGAUGGCCGGUGUGGACGGCGCCUCACUCCCAAUAAUAUGGCACUAAAUGGUACCCCGGUUCAUCGAACAUCUCGUCGCAAGUAUAGUACCAACAAUAGGCCGUGUCAUGGCCACGUAAAUGAUGGUCGUUCUGUCGGUCAGGACAAUAACUACCCAAAAGCAAACGGCGAAGCAUUUAUGGAUAUGGGAAGUAUCUAUUCAUACGCAAAAAAAUCCGACAAUGUUUCCGAACACCGACCUUCACGGUUGCCUGUUCUUACACCAAUGCGGCAAGGUCAACGAGAGCAUCCGGGUAUAGUGUUAGAUACACAAAACAGUGCUUCUGUUGCUACACAGAGAGCUUCGUCGGUUGUACGCUCAACGAUUCCAGAACGUAACCAUCUGAAUGGAGAUCAUGCCAGUAUGAACUCUCCUAAAACCUGCAGUAUGUACGCCAAUGCGAAUGAUUUGAGCGCAGCAGCCAUUUGCGGUUAUGCCGACCAAAGCCAGGCUAGCGCCGCCCAGAUGACCAAUGCCAUCGCAGUUAGUACAAUGGGUCGUAUACCUUCGGGAUCCACUUCGCGCUUAGCACGCGUGGGCAGUUUCGCAGCUGGUUCCAACACACAGAUUGCUGGUUUGGGUUUGUCUAGUCAGGACCUUGUGGGAGAUAUGGAUACCGACUGUCCAAAUGUGUUCACAACGGGAACCAAUUGUUUACCUAUCUCUGGUCAUCGCAAAAUCAGCGAGCUUGCUUCCAACCGGACUGAUGUUGACCGGUACGAGGAUGGGAUGGUAGUCUAUCGUCCCGAUGAUUCUGAUGUUGAUCUAGAUAUUGAUGCUGAUGGUUGCUGUAAGGACAUGAAAGGCCGCGCUGCUUCUGAAUGUGGGGUUGCUGCUUCAGCAGAAGGUGCUACUGCCCCAACUUCCAACGCAGCUCAUGGGGAUGGAAUGCUAUUAACUGAGCUUGACAAAAAUAACGCAAUCGCUGAUAAAGCUUCAUCUGCUGUCCGUGUAUCCCACAAUCGUUUCGGUAGUCAAACGCCUCUUCGCGAUCCUACGUCCUCACGAAACUCAAACAGACAGCUGAAUAUGAUACAACAAGGCACCACGGAGGAUGCUCGGCGUCGUCUCUCACUAGCAGACUCAUUCAUCAGAAACCACCCCAACUCAGAUAAACGAAGGCUUCGGGGAGUCACUUCAGAAUCCGUUCAAUGUGAGAGCACUACCAGGUGUACUUCAUCCGGACAAAUUCUACCGAACUCGAAACCAGUUCCACUACCUCGCCAACGACCGCAAAUGACAACGUGGGGUAAGUGUCGGAAUAGCAGUUCCGUUGUCAGAGGUGGUCAGAACAUACGGACAGACACAUCCGGAAGCGGCGCGCUUCGAAUGGCUUGUUCGACCUCAAACGUGAAUGUCCCAGAGUUUGGUCGAAAGACUGUGUUUGGCGAUAGGACAAUCGGAUUCCAGGGUCGAACUCUGCCAAACGGACCUCACCAGCAACUUGCAAACACCACUCUCUCAGAUGCAGUCCAUCCGAAACUUUUUCAGUGUGGUGGGCGAACUGUUGUCAGGCCUAAGGUCGCCAAUUUCACAACUUCCACAAACAGCAAUGGGACUGCAGGCCGUCCUCGUGGAAGUUGGACUCGAGGUUUGAUUGAAUUGCAGGAAAAUAACAAUGGUUACUACGAGGGAGGAGGCACGGAGCUAGGUUUUCGUGAGCGUCCAAUGACUACUUGUCCAUCUUCACGUCUGUCCUCUCGUGAACGUUGGGACCGAUCUGGAAGGGAUCGUUGGUUUAAGCACGACCGCAGUGAAUCGUCUAGUGACGUGGACUCGGAUGCCAGGCUUACAGCCGAGUCAAAACCAAAUUUGACCCCAAAGACUUCUGCUAACUUUGCUUACUCCGAUGCUCACAACGCGGCGGCGGAUGGUAUCGAAAACGUUCCUUAUACAUCCGCACACAAAUUGGCAAAUCACAAAACGGAUGAGCACAAAUCAGUUUUCAUGGACCAUAUGAUUGGUGUUGAAGGUGACGCUUUUGAAAAACCCCCUCACGCCCCCGUUCUGACAGAUAAUCAAGACGCUCAAGACGUCCAUCCUGAGACGGCAACCGCAGUUGACGCUUUGCCAUCGAAAGCUGUUUGUGAUGAACCUUCUAAAACCGCGGUUCUCGUACCUCGCCCGAACGCCUAUCCUGCUGCUUUCGCUACUACUGCCCUGUCCGCUCGUCGUCGACGUUAUUUACCUUCAUAUGUUCCUGCUGAAAAUGGCACUGUUUCUAGUCUGGACUCUGAUCUGGUCAAUGAAGCGCUUGCCAAUCAGUUGGAUUCUAAACUGAAUGUGUGCCGAUCUGAGUUCGACCUGGGACGGGAGUCUUGUCAGAAGUUUGUUGCAGUGGACGAUAUGUGACCGUGUCUUUCUUUAUCGUGUAGUGCUUUUUAAACCAGCGGGUUAGUGUUCCAUGAGAUCUUAUUGUGGUGGAAAAUGUGUGGAUGAUGAGACGUGUCGAACCACCGAUCUUUGUCGGUUGGAUGGAUGAACGUGAUGUGUUUACGCAUCUGUGCGAAUUCCGUCUACCUCAGCUGAACCCUACAGAUUUUAUCGUGCUAGCACACGAGCUUAUUUUAUACGCUUUUCAUCUAGUCUUCCUUACUUCUCACAAUCCGUCAACGUGGUUGUGACUGAGAGUUCGUGAAUGCGAAUUUCAGAAUUUGUGUCCACCACGCCUGCUGUCCCGCAAUUUCAUCCAUAUCCAUCGAGGCCAAGAACCGUGCGUACUUUUGUGACUUCAAGUCUUUCGUCAGCCCGAAAAGGGCCAGUCGAUUUGUGCGUGCACCACGACAAAUGUGGCCAUCUAUUUGUCCGUCUCGUCUCUGAGCGUUGAGAGUAUGCCGAUGCCCGACUUGUACAUUCCCCAUCCGACUCUUUGUACAAAGCCCCUUGCACGCGUUUUGUACACUAUAGAAUCGUCAGCUUUCAGUCCGGUCAGCAGAAACCAAAGCUAUGUAUUUUCACACUAUUUGCGCGCACUUUUGGCAUGUUCCCUACGUCAGUUUGCUUCUCUUAAACUGCCCACCUGUUCUAGGGAUAGACUACCUCGACAAACUCGGAAUUUGCAGUUCCUAGCAGCCUCCCCACAUAGCAUCCGAGCAUUGCAAGCGUUGAUUGCCCACUCUCCGUUUCACUUGUCUUUCGCGGAUCUUUCGAUCCGGACUUUCUCAUGAGCAGUGUUGUUGAUUUCAUUUCUACCUAUUUUGCUCACUCUUGCCCUUCUCAGUCAGGUUAUAUUUGUUAUUACCGCAGAAUUUCUCCGCACGUACACGGACCUUUCAAAGUGAACUCUCCAACCCCCCCCCCCCAAUUUCCUAGGAAUCAGAUCUGCCUUUUACCCGCCCUGGACUUCACUUCAUUUCGCGCUUCUUCAGUUUCAUUAUCGGUUCCCUGAAAUCGCGCGCACCUAAGGUGCACACAUGCGUUUGGCCACUUGCAUAUAUCUAUAUACUUUCGUCGUGUCUACAGGCUAUCGGUAAUAGCCUUGUCCGAAGCUAUUUUUUGACUUAUGUUCAAACAUGGUCUAUCUUAUUUUCUCCCAAAAUUUUAUGCGCCUUUCGUUCGACUUUUGGACAGUCGUGGUGUGUAAAAAAGCCUGUUGAUUUUGCCGCGUCGAUUGAGAAUGACAAACACUAUCAUCAGUGCGAUCUGUGGGUAAAUAAA